CCGGUGGAGUAGGUGGGUGUUGGAGUAAGUGGAGGAGCAGAAGCUGUGGCUAGUGGCCAGGUGACAGUUGCCAUCCCCUGCCCGCACUAUGGGCAAUUGCCUGAAAUGCUUCCAGUCUGCCGCCGAACAAACGUUGCCUCCCAACGCCGCGUCCCCAAAUUCCAACUCGAACGCCUGCCCGGUGGCCACCAGUCUAGCUAACUGCUGUGACUCUGUUGGUGCCAAUUCCAAUGCGAACGAGCGCUGUGUGCCGCGCGAAACCGAUGAACUACUCUCUAGCCGAACUCCACUCAAGCCAGCAAAAGCAAACAAUUGUGAUACUAAGCGUAAUAGUUUUAAGUCUUUGGGUUUGCUAAAUGGCAGUGCACCUACCAUGAGCGAUAUCAUAACAACUGCUGUCAAGGAGUCCAUGGAGGUGUCUCAACAGACCCUGAACAACCUAUUCGACGUGUACAAAGAUCCGGACGAUGAUGAUAUGAUACUAACGGACGGUAUCGAACGACUGUGCAAUGACCUCAAUUACCAGCCGGAUGAGUUUGCCAUUCUGGUGCUGGCCUGGUGUCUGGACGCCUCUCAAAUGUGCCGCUUCACUAAAACGGAGUUCAUCGAGGGCCUUCACAAGAUGCGGGCGGAUAAUAUCGCCAGCAUCCGGUUACGGCUAGAGCAGACAAUUGAAAUGCUAAAGGCGGACGCUGAGAUGUUCAAGCAGCUGUAUCGCUUCACCUUUCGGUUUGGCCUGGAGCCAGAUCAGCGCGUGCUAUCGCUGGAAAUUGCCAUUGACCUGUGGAAACUAGUGUUCACUGUACAAACACCUGAUCUCUUCUCCAACUGGAUACACUUCCUCGAAAAGCAUCCGAAUAUUCGCCGCAUACCGAAGGAUACAUGGAACAUGUACCUCAACUUUACGGAACAAUGUGAUAUACAAAAUUACGACGACACGGAGGCUUGGCCCAGUCUGUUCGAUGACUUUGUCGACUAUGAGAAGAGCAGGGCACUGGAGUCGGCUGGCAUACAUGACGAUGACAACAACAACGACGAUCCGCUGCAGAGUCGGGUCAAGAGCGAUGAUUCCCGUCUGGUGUCGUAGUAUAGCCGCCUUCAGUCGUUAGGGCCAAGCAACGUUCAACUCGCCAAUAGAAAUUAAAAAAAAUGUAUAUUUUUCACCCCCUUCACUGUUUACUCGCUCUCUUGCUGAUGCUGCUGCUUAGGUAUUUUAUUUUCCCGAAAAAAUUCCAAAAAAUAUAUAAGGAAAAGUAAGGAAGCAACACCCGUGACCACUGAAAAUGAACGAUGCGGUGCUGGCGCUGCUUGAGGACUUCCAACUGCCAAAAAAAGGCCAGCUGAUAUUUUGCGCCCGGCUGGAAGAUUGCAUCCUGGCCAACCGAAGCAAUGGACGCAUUUGUUUAUGUAAUUAAAGACUUAUAGACAAGAAUUUCGGAAAAAGCUCAAUCAUUGGUAACCGCAUGUGUAUAUAACUAAACGACUUUAAGGCGGAGCAGUAGGCGGAUCGUAUAAUACUUAGCAACUAAUUGAUGUAUUAUUUUAAACCAGAUUGCAACAUUUUAUGGCACUUAACUAUUUAAAUGCAUACAAUUACAUUACAUACUUAAUUGUAAGUAGUGGAUGUGAAUUCAAUAAAAACCAACUGAAACAACAA